AGGUUUCCUUUGGUUUGCAGCGUCUAUGGCAGUGAGACAGGUUUGAAUUUCGGUUCGUGGAUGGCGUACGCCUUUCCCAUCUCUCUAAUCAUUCUUCUCUGCAUUUGGUUCACAAUUUGCCUGAUUUACCUCGGACCCAAACAGCUCUUUAGUUGCCGACGCACCAAGUCCAAAUCCGCAAGCAGUGAAGUCGAUGAAGUUUUUACGCCUGAAGGAAGUGACGCGGAGAGUGAAUAUCAUCAGAGUGUGGAAGACAUCUCCUUGGCAGACAUCGUCAACAAAAUUAUUGAAGAGGAGGAGAAGGUUAUCGGCACCAUGACGUGGGCCGAAGGAACUGUUUUAAUUCUUUUUGUAUCCGUCGUGAUCUUGUGGAUAGGCAGAGAGCCGGGCGUUCCUGGCUGGUCUCUUUUUAUGCCCACUAAAACCAACUCCAAGGGACGAAUAAUUCACUAUGUCGGAGAUACGCAACCCAUUGUGUUGGUGGCCUUCCUUGCGUUAGUUUUGCCAUACAACAAUCCAUUUAAACUGCGUAUUCGUCCGGAUGAAAUGCGUAAGGAAGCAUUGGCCAGAAUAAAUCGACCUCUUCUACCUUGGACAGAGGCCGAAAAGAAGUGCGCAUGGGGAGUCAUCAUCCUCAUCGGUGGGGGUUUCGCCCUCUCCAAAAUAGUCACAUCCUCUGGUCUGUCCACUGUCAUCAGUGAUGGCUUAGUAGGAUUGAAUGUUUUACCACCAUACGCUAUUAUCUACAUUUUGACGGUGAUGUGUUCAUUUUUGACGGAGAUGGUCUCCAACACCGCCACUAUCACAAUCCUCACCCCAAUUAUGUUCGAAUUGGCUGACAAAUUGGCAAUUCAUCCCUUUUGUCUCACUUUGCCACUUGUUCUUGCCACUUCAUUGGCCUUCAUUCUUCCCGCUGCUACCCCGCCAAAUGCCAUUAUCUAUGCCAAAGGUCGUGUUCGGUUGUUUGAUAUGGUAAGUUGCGCUUACUGUGCAUCGAAAUGGGGAUCAGAGAAUGCGCUUCUGAGGAUUUAUUUUUUAACAUGGGCACAAUGGAAAGUAGGUUCUUCGACGGUCCGGUGCGGAGGCCGCAUUGUACAACCGGGCAGUUCAGCCACCAGGGCUUAG